AUGAGGGUCCAACCGCACCUUCAAUCGCCGCAAUCUUGCCGCUUUCCUGCUGACCAAAGAACAAUUUCAUAUCCACGUGGUUGGGGGCCAGAAGGCAGGGAACCCUCCUCGCAAGGACAGAUCACACUGGUCAAUUGCCGCCUCCAAGUGUGUCGCCCAACCGGCAGCAUCGGCAAGCUCUUGGGUAUUGGCCGGACCUGCCCCGGUGCCACCAUGCAGUCCAAGAAUGGCAUGCUGGUGCCGAUUCGGAAAGACAGCCCCGACAUUGUUCGCUGA